AUGUACAAAUUGUUAUUAAACGAAUUAGACAAGAAACUAGAAGAGGAGGCUGAAUGUGAUGAUGAAGGCAACGACAGUGAAUUCGACGACAAUGAUGACAAUAGUGACGAUAAUAAUGAAGAAGUACAAGCAGAAGGUUUUGAACAACAAGAAGAACUAUUUGUGGAAGAUGAAAUUAAAAGCGACGACAAAAUGAUCAGAAAUAAUCACUCACACGACAAGAGUGAGGAUAUCGUCAAUCAGAAAAAGAGGAAAGGGAAAGCAAAGGAUAAUAGCAAUAGUGAUGAUAUGCUACAAGAUGAUGAUGAUGCUGAUAUAAGUAACGUCGACACAGAAGACGAUGAUAUCAUCUUAUCAGAAGAUCCAAUCUAUUCAACAGAUCCUAUUAUGAAUGUAAAUUUGAAAGAAUUUCUAUGUAAUUUCCUAUCUGAUUUAUCUCAUCAAAUUUAUUAUAAUGAAUUUAGUCGAUAUCAUACAUCAUUGGAGUUGGCAACACUUCAACGAAUUGGUAUUUUACCUCAAAACAAUGAAUAA